AUGCUAGUAGACAUGGCCCAGGUUCUGAACUGGUACGAUUGCUCGGAGGUUAAAUUCCCCACUGUGGCAGGGGAGCGUAUUGUGGAAUUGGGGCCUCACACCUCAUUAACCUACCUUGUGCCGCCGACAUGUGAUCCGGAGAUACCCAACACGUUUGUUCUCAGUGUCUUCACACCCCUACAUGGCACGUUCGUGGGAUUUAUUCCGCUGGUGGAAGCUGCGCUCGAGGUCUUGCGCGAAGGACGCGCCUUCGCCUCCAACUACAAGGAAGCUGGGGGUAUCUGGUGGAAUUUUAUAUUCCAGCAGCAUGGGACAGUGCCCAAUCCUGCAGACCUGGUUUCAAUGGCCCUGGUAGCUCUAGAAGUGCACCACGAGGGGCUCAUCCGCCUUGCGAAAACCCACCGCAAGUUCUCGCCUGCCCUGCAAUUUCGUUAG